AUGGACAUUGCUGUGGACCCAGAGCCAUCCUUAGAGACAAGAAGUUUUUCUGCGCGGUCAGACGAGUUAAAACAAGGAACUAAUCAUAACAUCAUAGGCACAGAAUCUGUGAGUGACCACUUGGAUUAUGAUUCAGAAAUGUUAGGGCACUCAGACACACUGUCAUUUACUGGAGAGACACUUUUGACAAGCAGUACAAGAACGUUGGGUCCUUCAAAAAUAAAUCAUGGAGAAUCAUCUACCCUGGGGUCGAAAAAGGAAGACAAUUUGACAGGAAUGGAUACCAAAUCAAAAACAACUGUCAAUGUGACAGAUAAUAUUCCCACGAGCAUGAUACAAAAAGUUGACUUCACCAGUGAAAGACUGCCAGACAUGUCAAUUCAAACAUCUGGAGUUAUCAAUUCGGUCCACAUAAACAGUAAAUCGAGUGUCGAUAUUGGAAUGGAACCACAUGCAGCCACCAGAAACAUCAAUACGACCAAAUCACUGAAGGAUGCUGGACCAUAUGAUAUCAAUGAGGUCCAAACUAUCUCAUAUUCAGAGAUGAUAAAUGACAAUGUCAUACAUCUUGAUGAGAGUGACAAGGACAUGAAACAAAGUUUGGACCAAUUUUCUAUCAGAGGAACAGCAUCAGAAAUGUCCUUUUCUGAAGUCACUGAUGACAGCUUUGGGAAAAGUCGUUCAGGACAUCUUGCAGCAACAGAAUCAGGAAGUGAAAAGACGGAUGCCAGUGUAACAUCACAGGUGCAAGAAUUACAGUUUGGUG